GCCCCUCUGCCCCGCCACCGCCGCAGCUGCAGCCGCCGCUCGGGCUGCGGCUCAUCCCGGGUCUCGUUCGCUGUGUCGGCCGCGGGGCGAAGGGCGCGCUCAGUGUGACUACACGACCGGCCGCGGCGCGAGGAGCCCUUCUUUUUGCCUCCCUGCGGCCCGCGGGGUGGACCGUGCGGGGGGCAGAGUGUGGCCGGCGCUCUCCUCUCCCGGCUCCCGGGCGGCCGCUCCGGCCCUUCCGGGCGGCGCCGCAGCCUCAUCCCGCGCCACACGCAGAUGUGGGAAGACAAAUGAAGGGAUUUAGAAGCCAAAUAAAUGUCAUUGGGAAGGACAUUCCUACCGCCACUGAGUGCUGAACACGAGUAAACUCAUUUUUCAGAGUUAAAAAAUUAUUUAAAAAAAACCAAGAUGGGGACUCCUGGUUCUGGAAGGAAAAGAACGCCGGUAAAAGAUCGAUUUUCUGCAGAAGAUGAAGCUCUGAGUAACAUCGCCAGAGAGGCAGAAGCAAGGCUAGCAGCAAAGCGGGCCGCCAGGGCAGAAGCAAGAGACAUCCGCAUGCGGGAACUGGAACGACAGCAGAGAGAGCCUUCUCAUCAUCAUUCCUUUGACCGGAAAUGGGGAGAGAUUCAUAAGUGGCUGGAAGAUUCAGAAAGGGCCAGGUAUUCUCACCAGUCUGGUCACCGCCGUCCUUACCUGGGAGUUGAGGAUACAUUGUCUCUUCGGAGCCUUGGCAGUCACAGGAGUUCAUCGAAGGAUAUUACUGGAACACACUGGAGCAGAGCCAGUACGCCCAAGAGGAGAGACAUGAUGUAUGAUACCAUCAAGGACAGAUCAUCAAGAGUUUCGUCAUUAAAUCAUUCUUACAGUCACACCUAUGGGACGAAGAGGCGAUCCUCUAGUUCUUAUAAAGAUCCACUGAGUGGCCUCUACUUUGACCAGAGAAACUAUAGCAGUCUUAGACAUAGCAAACCUGCCUCUACCUACUAUUCCCGGUCUUCUUCCCUGUGCAGUGAGCCGAUGGGGACACCCAAGAGUCAGAGCAGGGCCUCCCCUACUGUAACUUCUGGUCUGCUGAGGAGUGCCAGUCUGGCAUCUCUGUAUGAUGGCGGAUUAUAUAACCCUUAUGGUUCUCGAACUCCGUCCGAAUACAGUUCCUACUCAUCCAGGGCAAGUUCCUCCAGAAGCAGUCCUGUGUGGGAAGAACACAGCCCUGUGAAGGGGAUAACAGUACCAGCACUGCUAGCUGCACAGGAAAUGAGUCACCGCCUCGGAGCUUUGCUGCCCAUCGAUGAUGAUACCGCAAGCAUUGUGUCUUCUGAUCGUGCCAGUCGUGGGCGAAGGGAGAGUGUGGUUUCUGCUGCCGAUUACUUUAGUCGCUCCAAUCGUAGGGGAAGCGUUGUCUCUGAGGUGGAUGAUGCCGGCAUCUCAGACUUGACCAGCUUGGAUGAAAAAUCUGACAAACAGUAUGCUGAAAAUUACACAAGACCUUCAUCUCGAAAUUCUGCCUCGGCUACAACGCCUCUAAGUGGGAACUCAUCCAGACGGGGUAGUGGGGACACCAGCAGCUUAAUAGACCCAGACACCUCAUUAAGUGAACUGCGGGACAUCUAUGACCUGAAGGACCAGAUUCAUGAUGUAGAAGGGCGGUACAUGCAGGGCCUUAAGGAACUGAAGGAGUCUUUGUCUGAAGUAGAAGAGAAAUACAAGAAAGCCAUGGUGUCCAAUGCACAACUAGACAAUGAGAAGAACAACCUGAUCUACCAGGUGGACACCCUCAAGGAUGUCAUUGAAGAGCAGGAGGAGCAGAUGGCAGAGUUUUACAGAGAAAACGAAGAGAAGUCAAAGGAGUUAGAAAGGCAGAAACACAUGUGCAGCGUGCUGCAGCAUAAGAUGGAUGAACUCAAAGAAGGCCUUCGGCAGAGGGACGAGCUCAUCGAGGAGAAUCAGCGCCUCCAGCAGAAAGUAGACACCAUGACAAAAGAGGUGUUUGACCUCCAAGAGACCCUGCUCUGGAAAGAUAAAGCACUUGGGGCCCUAGAGAAACAGAAAGAACACAUUGCCUGCCUCAGGAAUGAGCGAGAUGUGCUCAGAGAGGAGCUGGCUGACCUGCGGCAGACAGUGACGACAGCAGAGAAACAUGGCUUAGUUAUAAUCCCAGACAGCACUCCCAAUGGUGAUGUCCAUCAUGAGCCUGUGGUUGGAGCCAUUAUUGCUGUGCCUCAGGAAGCUGCUCAGGUCUUGGAGUCAGCAGGAGAAGGGCCACUAGAUGUGAGGCUACGAAAGCUUGCUGGAGAAAAGGACGAGCUCUUGUCACAGAUUAGAAAACUGAAGCUCCAGUUAGAGGAAGAACGGCAGAAGUGUUCCAGGAAUGACGGCAUGUCCGGGGACCUGGCAGGACUGCAGAACGGCUCAGACUUGCAGUUCAUCGAGAUGCAGAGAGAUGCCAAUAGACAAAUAAGUGAAUACAAAUUCAAGCUUUCAAAAGCAGAACAAGACAUAGCUACCUUGGAACAAAGUAUCAGCCGGCUUGAGGGCCAGGUGCUGAGGUACAAAACUGCUGCUGAGAAUGCAGAGAAAAUUGAAGAUGAGCUGAAAGCAGAAAGGAGGAAGCUACAGCGAGAGCUACGGACAGCACAGGACAAGAUAGAGGAGAUGGAGAUGACCAACAGCCACCUGGCUAAGCGGCUAGAGAAGAUGAAGGCCAACAGGACAGCCCUUCUAGCCCAGCAGUAGGAGGCGGCCCUUCUACCUGGGUGCUGCUGAGGACAUUGCCUGGAGAUACUGACUCUUUUGUACAUUGACACAAGCCCCUUCAAGUACUGUUUUGAGUCUUGUCAUUAAACAGCCACCUUUGUAUUUUAUAAUUUAUGAGAAUGAAGCAGGUUUAAUCGCUAUUGAUUUGGAUUUUGUUUGUAGUUCACUUCUACAGUGAGAACUAGCCUGUGUUGUCUUUAUUUUCAACAUUCUAGAAUCACGUUUUCUCACCAUCUUCUUCCUGCCGCCUCGCUGACAGAGGCAUUGGGUGGCCUUGCUGUGGGUUCUGAAGGAUGGCCAUUCUGAGCACUGAGACACUUGCUGGAGACCCCAAAAACCCAAGUGCCUUCUCCACAGUGUGGUACAGGCUUCAGAGACCAAGUGGCCAAGGUUCCUUCUCCUCUUACCAGAGUGUUUACAUUUCAGUGAGGAUGUGUUCAGCAGUGGGGAGUCUGUGUUUGACUCAAAUUUAUGUUUUGGGGGGGGGGGUAAGAUAUUUAAAUUAUAUAAAAGUUUUAGAAAACAAUAUGGGGAGUGUAUAGUAAACUUUGCUCCGUGGGGCAGAGCAAGUCCAAGCCUGUACUCCAAAGAGUAGACUCCUCAGUCCUCGCAGCCACUGUGCUGUUCCGUGUACUUCCAUCUGCUGCUUCUCUGUGAAAUGAAACCUCAGACAAGCUCAAGGGAGGAGGGAGGGACAGUGCAGGCAGGGAGGGAAUCCGCCUGAAUCUACCUAUUAAAACACACCUUUCUGCCAUCCACGGUUGGCUGAGGGCAGUCGUCCGUAAAGAAGCCUUUAGGACAAGUCACGGCAACCAUGUACAGUCUUGCUCUUCUUUUCUCAAGAUGAGAUAAUGUGGGGUACAGAACUUUGUUCUAGUGUUUUGAGAGAAAGGAUGGAUGUAGCCCGGCUGGUCUCCACCUCACAAUCAUCCUCAUUGGGCCUCUCGGAGUGCUGGGAGUACAGGCAGGUACUUUCAUGCCUGGUUCCAGAAUAUAGUCCUUAAGAACUUUCAUCUUUAAAGAGCCCCGUUCAAGAUACCCCUGCCCCUACUGUAACCACUUUAUAGGGUUUGUGAUUCUCAUUUGUCAGAAUCAAGGUGGUUUCAUGGGAACGAUUACUGUAGCUCAAAGUGUUUACAGAAACUAUAUUGAGGAAAAAUCUAAUGAAUCAAAGCCUCUUAAUAAAUCUAGCCUUGGAACUAGAUAAUAAAAUUAACUCAAAAGUGAA